GCGUUUGGGUGUCUUAGAUAAAUGAAGGAGAGAGUGAAUGAGUUUCAGCGACUCACUGAGCUUUAGAGAGAGAAAGCGAGCGAGUAUUUUUAGAGAGAGAAAGCGAGCGAGCGCUCGAAGAGAGAGAGAGGAAUUUUAAUUAAAAGAGUUGUUCUGCUAUAUGCUUAGUUAGAUACAGAGAUAGAUACAGAGAGAGAUUUAAGAGAGAGAGAGAGAGAGAGAGAGAGAGAGAGAGAGAGAGAGAGAGGAGGGGUUUCAGAGAAAGAAAGUAGGAAUGGAAGAUAUAGAGGAAGAAGUGGAGGAGGUGCUGGGAUCGAGCUUGACGAUGGAGAAAGUGGCGGCAGCAAAGCAGUUUAUAGAGAAUCACUAUAGAGCUCAAAUGAAGAAUAUUAAAGAGCGAAAAGAAAGACGAUGGGUGUUAGAAAGAAAGCUAGCUUCUUCUGACGUUCCCAAGGAGGAGCAGAUGAACCUGAUUAAAGACUUAGAAAGAAAAGAGACAGAGUUCAUGCGACUUAAAAGGCACAAGAUAUGUGUUGAUGAUUUUGAGCUUCUGACCAUCAUUGGAAGGGGAGCCUUUGGUGAGGUUCGAUUGUGUCGGGAGAAGAAAUCUGGCAAUAUUUAUGCCAUGAAAAAGUUGAAGAAAUCUGAAAUGCUAAAGAGAGGACAGGUGGAACAUGUUAGAGCUGAACGGAACUUGCUGGCAGAAGUUGCAAGCCACUGCAUUGUCAAACUGUAUUACUCAUUUCAGGAUGCUGAGUAUCUAUAUCUGAUUAUGGAAUAUCUGCCUGGUGGUGAUAUGAUGACUCUGCUGAUAAGGGAGGAUACCUUAACUGAAAAUGUCGCUAAGUUUUACAUUGCUCAAAGUAUCCUUGCCAUCGAGUCGAUUCACAAACAUAAUUACAUUCACAGAGAUAUUAAACCUGAUAACCUUCUUCUGGACAAAAAUGGCCACAUGAAGCUAUCAGAUUUUGGCCUGUGUAAGCCUCUUGAUUGUGCAACUUUAUCCGUGAUCCAUGAAAAUAAAACAAUUGAUGAUGAAAAUAUGACCGAACCAAUGGAUAUCGAUGGAGGUAUUGCCGAUGCGGACAACAAAAGUAGUUGGAGAAGCCCCCAUGAACAGCUUCAGCAUUGGCAGAUGAACAGAAGGAAGUUGGCAUUUUCAACUGUGGGAACGCCAGAUUACAUUGCUCCUGAAGUUUUACUCAAGAAAGGCUAUGGCAUGGAGUGUGACUGGUGGUCACUAGGAGCAAUACUGUAUGAAAUGCUUGUUGGCUACCCUCCUUUUUACUCAGAUGAUCCAAUAACUACCUGCAGAAAGAUUGUUCAUUGGAGAAAUCACCUUAAAUUUCCAGAAGAUGCAAGGUUGUCACUUGAAGCAAAGGAUCUCAUUUGUAGGCUCUUGUGUGAUGUUGAGCAUAGACUAGGUACUGGGGGAGCAAAUCAAAUUAAAGCUCAUCCUUGGUUCAAUGAUGUUGCAUGGGAUAAACUCUAUGAGAUGGAGGCAGCAUUUAAACCAGAAGUCAAUGGAGAACUAGACACUCGGAACUUUAUGAAGUUUGAUGAAUCAGAUCCUCCAGCAGCAGCAAGAACUAGCUCAGGCUCACGGAAGAUGCUUUUGACUCCCAAAGAUCUAAGUUUCGUUGGCUAUACAUACAAGAAUUUUGAUGCUGUUAAAGGACGACAUCAUUUCGGCAUAUGCAACAGUAACUUGUACACACAUCCAUGCACACCCACUUAUCUGGGAUCAUUGAGGAUAGGAGUAUCCUUUUUAUCAUGUUGCCAGUGUCUCUGAACCAUGAUUAAAUUUUAUCUGAAUAGCAUGUAGAUGAUGGAAUGCCAGCCUACCAUCUUUAUUUUGGGCUGGUGGGUGGCCUUGUAUCUGAACAAAAUUUGUGUCAAUUUUGAUUUGAAUUGGUCUGUCCCUGGCCUACAGUCCCUAUGCUUUCUUGCAAUGGAUGGGAAUGCAUCUUAAAAUUUUAGUUUGGAAUGGAAAUAAAUAGUCAAUCCAACAAUCUCGUUAUGUAUGUGGGAGGUAUGAUAGGAAGAUUGGGUAGUGAUGGGUCAAACAGUUCUGGAUUCCAUAUUAUUUGUGUGGUGAAAAUAGAGAAGGCAUAGUUGUGUGCUGUCUACAGUAUCUUUGCUUUAAAGCAAAGGCACUACCUUCAUAUUCAGCAGCGAGGUUUUGUCAUAUCUGGUAAUACUUGACUGGAUAUCACCCAAUAUCCGGUCAAGUACCAGCAGAUGUGGUAAAUUGUUCACCAGAUAUGUUUCUAUCUGGUAUAGAUUGUGGGGUGUUUGAAAAUGCAUUUAAAAUCUGUUUAGCACAAUUCUUGAAAGACAUUUUAAGUUAGAGGCCUUCGCAACUGAAGCAAGGUAUUGUGGAAUUCACCCAUUGAAUUAGUAUAUAACCCCAAGUAUCCUUCCCAGGACCUGUUGACUAAAAGAUAUUCAGUGAGAGGUUGACUUUGUAAGCAAACAAUACAAAUUUUAGUGUUUUAGGACCACCUUUGAAUCCAUUUCUCAGCUUUAGGCACUAGCUCUUUUUAUGGAGAAAUCCUUGUAAGACUGUCCAUUCAUUGCAGAUUGGUAGUUGAAUGGCAGGCUCAUAUAUCAUGCAUAUUUGAUAAAAGUCUCAGAAAAUUGGUCUUCAAAUGAUCGUGUCCUUUUAUUCUGUGCUAAAUAUUUCAUCCUUUUCAACCAGAGGUUUUACCAUUAAUGUAAGUCCAAAA